AAGAGUUCAUUUGCAUUUUGCCUUCCUGGUUGGCGAACGGAGAAGAAGAAGAGGAGAUGGCGUGUUUGCAUGAUCACAGCUGCGAAGAUCACGAUUGUUCCUCGAGUUGGUCUCUAUACAAGCACAUCGACCUCUCCAAGGUGUCUGCUCUAAAUGAGGCCGUCUCAGGAAGUGUUAAGUCAGUAUUCAGAGCUUGGGAGCAGCGUCUAAAUUCUUCUGGGGAACACUUGGAGAGCAAUGAGGGUGAUCCUGAGCUACUCAUUUACAUCCCAUUUACAUCAGAUGUGAAGAUCAAGAGCAUAUCAGUUGUUGGUGGUGCUGAUGGAACAAGUCCUUCCAAGAUGAGAGUGUUCCUUAAUCGAGAUGGCAUUGACUUUUCAGAUGCUCAAAGCAUGCAACCUGUUCAGGAGUGGGAUUUGGUCGAAAAUUUGAAUGGAGUGUUAGAGUACCAGACAAGAUAUUCAAAAUUUCAAAGUGUUGCAAGCAUUACGUUGCAUUUCCCAGAAAAUUUUGGUGGCGACACAACUCAAAUCCACUACAUUGGAUUUAAAGGAGAAGCCACCCAGUUGAAGAGGGAUGUCGUCGCAACAAUUGUCUAUGAACUUAGGCCAAAUCCUUCUGACCACAAGACACGAGCUGAGAGUGGUGGAGGCUUUUCUCAUGUGGAAUAAAGAAAUAUAGGGUAGCUUUGGCAUCCCUGUCUAGAAUCUGAUCCCUUUGCUUGUGGAGAAAUUAAUUACAUAUCACAAUUCUUAAUGCAUUUCCAUCUUAUCCAUCACCUUUGUGGUGAAUACUUGCUAAUUUAAAAUUUUUGAUUUGAGGUUUAGAACAGACAUUCAAAUAUCUGGAGAAAAAAAAUUAACUUGAAUA